GUUGUCAUUAUUUCUAAAAAAAAUGAACUAGACGUUUUUAAAUUCCGUCUCAAAACGUGUCAAAAAUUAAUAGUGAUGUAAUUUUUUUUAAUCCAAAAACAUUUCUAAAUUUUAUUGUACGAAAAACCAUCUUUUCCAACAUGAAUCGGAGUUUAACGAGCGGGAUAACGAAUGUGAUCAAAAUUUUUCAUAGAAUCCUACCUAAUAACAACCAAAUCAGGAUUACUAACGAAGUGAUUCCUGAGUAUAUACCAAAACGCACAAAUAACUAUUUCCUAUUUAGUUCAAAACCAAGUUAUAAUAACUCUUCAUUAAGAGAUGAAACCAAUAAGAAUAAGGAUGAAAGCGAUGAUGAAGAUGAAGAAAACUUCAAUUCUGAAUUAGCUGCGGUCAUUGAUGUUGAUUUAUUAAACGUAGAUCGUAAAACUGAUUCAGAAAAACCUUCCAAAGUAGAAGAAAAAAAGAUUGAUCUUAUACAUUUAUACUGGAUGAAAAAAUUUUACGCUUCAACUGAGUUGAUUAAAGAAUCUUGUAUUCCACUGUUUUAUAAAAACCUUAUAAUAAAAGCCCUCGAUAAAUGUUUAAAGAAAAUUGAGGAUAAAAAUCGCAAAAAUCUUGUAAAAGGAAAUUUUGGAACCAAAGACACCAAAAAAGUAGUUCCAUACAAAAGAAUUAAAAGAUCAAAAUUAAAGGAAUUAAAAAAGUUAAAAUACGAUGAUUAUUUCAAAAAAAUAUUAUCGUUCGAUUUCGUUUUUUUGAUGUUAAUGAUAAAACAACCCUCCUUUAAGAAGGUCGAUUACCAAUUAGAGCCGUUAAGAAAUAAUUGUUUAACCAUAAUAGAUCAUUUAUCGACAUUUCUUCGUUAUUAUUACAAUCAAUCCAAGUUAAUAUCAUAUUCUUAUCAUAAAUCUGAUAAAAUCGUGCGAAUCGAUCAACUGCGUGCAGUAAAUUUCAUUUACGAUCCAAUUCAAUGUAAUCAAAUAUUCUACGCUGGAAUUAAAAUCAAUGAAGACUCCAUAAAAUCAAUUCAAGAAUUCUUCAGUCACAAUUUCUUGAAGGAUGUCGAAAUUUACGGAAUGGUUAUGAACUUUAUUGAGAAUUUAUCGAAAUUUUCUUUGGAUAACAUAAAUAUUGAUUAUAUUUUAUUUCCAAUAUUUAUUUUAUUAACUGUUUUUAACAUAAUUUGGAUUCUAUAUCAACAAUAAAACUGUGAUGUUUUAUCUGUAAA